AUGGUUCUGAAGUCCACUUCGGCAAGCGACAACUCUGUUUAUCAGGUUUCAGGUACCAAUGUCUCCAGAUCUCUUCCUGACUGGAUUGCUAAGAAGAGAAAGAGGUCCUUGAAGCACGAUUUAGAAUAUCAAAAUCGUGUAGAGCUCAUUCAGGAUUUUGAGUUCAGUGAGGCUUCCAAUAAAGUCAAAUGCACGCCUGACGGUCAGUUCGCUAUGGCUACUGGAACUUACAAGCCUCAGAUUCACCUUUAUGACUUUGCCAAUCUGUCGUUAAAGUUCGAGAGACAUACAGAUGCAGAGAACGUGGACUUUCUAAUUUUAUCGGAUGACUGGACUAAAAGCGUACACUUGCAGAACGAUAGAAGCAUACAGUUCCAGAAUAAGGGAGGGCUUUACUAUACCACAAGAAUCCCCAAGUUCGGGAGAAGCAUAGCGUACAACAAAGCAAACUGUGGCCUUUACGUUGGAGCAAGUGGCGACGAGCUUUACAGACUCAACUUAGAGCAAGGCCGGUUCCUGAAUCCAUUCAAACUUGACUCUGAAGGUGUAAACCACGUUUCCGUUAAUGAUGUUAACGGUCUGGUAGCUGUUGGUAUGGAAGAUAAUGUUGUCGAAUUUUGGGACUCCAGAGCGCGUGCAAGGGCUGCGAAGUUGCUUUUGGAAAACAGUUACGACUCUUCGCCCUUCCAAGUAACUGCUACAAGUUUCAGAAAUGAUGGGUUGAAUUUCGCGUGCGGUACCUCUACUGGGUACUCGUAUCUUUAUGACCUUCGUGCUUCUCAGCCAAUGAUCGUGAAGGACCAGGGUUAUGGCUUUGAUAUUAAAAAGAUUAUAUGGCUUGAUAACACAGGUGCUGAGAACGGAAAUAAUAACAUCCUCACCUGCGAUAAAAGGAUUGCCAAGAUCUGGGACAGGAACAGCGGAAAACCAUUUGCGUCAAUGGAGCCUAGCGUGGACAUCAAUGACAUAGAACAUGUUCCUGGGACAGGAAUGUUUUUCACUGCCAACGAGGGAAUCCCACUGCACACGUAUUACAUUCCUAACUUAGGCCCUGCGCCCAAGUGGUGCUCGUUUUUGGACUCCAUCACCGAGGAGUUGGAAGAAAAGCCAAGCGACACUGUGUACUCAAACUACAGAUUUAUCACAAGAGAAGACGUUAAGAAGCUGGGUCUAAACCACCUAAUUGGCUCGAAGGUCAUGAGGGCAUACAUGCAUGGUUACUUUAUCAACAGCGAGCUGUACGAUAAGGUCUCUCUGAUUGCCAACCCUAACUCAUACAGAGAUGAGAGGGAAAGAGAGGUCAGGCGCCGUAUCGAAAAAGAGAGAGAGUCAAGGAUCAGAACUUCGGGUGCUGUCAAGAAGCCUGCGGUCAAGAUCAACAAGGUUCUUGUGGACAAACUUUCGCAGAAGCGUGGUGACAAAAUUGCCGAUAAUGUUCUUGCUGACGACCGUUUCAAGGAAAUGUUUGAGGACGAAGAUUUCCAGGUUGAUGAGGACGAUUAUGAUUACAAGCAGUUGAACCCAGUUAAGUCUGCAAGAGAGACGGAGGAGGGCGCUGAGAAGCGUAUCAGAGCACUCACUGCCGCAGAGGAGUCUGACGAGGAAAGAAUAGCCAUUAAAGAAGGUAGAGGCCACUACUCCGACUCAGAGAGCGAAGAAAGCGAAUCUGAUGAAGAAAAGGGCUCUGAAGAAAUGACGGAGAAGGAGAAGAAGGCCCUCGCUAAGCAAAUAGCAGUUACGCAACGCAGAAAGCGGGAGAAGGAGAAGGCUGAUAAGUUCAUGAACCAAAUGAGCGUUGGUGCUGAUGACCGCCUCUCGCAAGAGGCUCAGGACUUGACUUUCGAUAGGAAAGUGGCCCAACUUCGCAGAGAGGAACAGCGAGAAAAACGCCAAGAACCCGCGGUGCGUAGAAACCAUCAAGGCGAAGCUGAGUUCAGUUUUGUUCCUUCUAAGAAAAAACCUGCUGGCAAAAAGAAGGUUACGUUUGACAGCGACGGAGAUGAGGCGGAGAACAAAAAAGAUAGCGGGAGAUCGAAGCCCCGUUUCCAAGGAAGAAGAGCAAGCAAAAAUGUGUUCCGUGGUAUGUAA